CAACUCGGAUACAACACUUUAUUUUGCGAGCUUAGUGAGACUAAUGUACGCAAAGUUUGUGUAUUUUAUUGGUGCGGUCGGUAUUUUAAAAAUAAACAUUACGAAAUCUGUAUCAACUGUAAAUAAUAAAAAUGAUUGAGCAACACUGAUGCCUGUUUGUUUUGCAGCGAAGUUUCUUAUUCUUGUACUUACUGGUACACUGAUAGAACUCAUAGAUUGUUUUGUGUAAUUUUAUUAACCCUUCACAGACAUCAUGUCACAGUCUCAAAAUGAAUAGAAAGUUAAUUGUUGUGCUACUUAUCGUUGGCUUAGUUGUCGGUCAAUCUACUAAGGAAUUUUCUUGUCAGUUUAAAAGUGAUGGCUUGUUUGAAGAUAAUGUGCAACAAAGUCUAUUACGACUAACUGAGCGCCCUUUCAUCCAUUUUAAUGAUUGUGAAGAUGCACUGACAAAAGGAUAUAAACUGAGUGGCGUUUACCGUAUCAAACCGAAAUCGUCAUUUAGACCGUUUCAAGUGUGGUGCGACAUGGAAACGGACGGCGGUGGAUGGACUCUCAUUCAAGUCAGAUUUGAUGGAUUGAUGGACUUUUUUAGAAACUGGGUGGAAUAUCGAAAUGGAUUCGGCAGCGUUAGUAGUGAGCAUUGGCUGGGAAAUAAUUUCAUUCACCAAUUGACUGAAAAUAACGAUUAUCAGUUGAAAAUUGAAGUGAAUGGCUUUGAAGAGAACGAGUUUGGUUUUGCUAAAUAUUCUCCGUUCCGCAUUGGUUCGGAGGACGAAAACUACAAACUCGAAAUUGGAAAUUUCACUAGUGACGGACAAAUUAGUGAUUCUCUUACGUAUCACAAUGGAGCUAUGUUCACAACAAAAGACAAACAGAACGAUGGCCACACAUCUAAUUGUGCCAUUGUAUGUAAGGGUGCUUGGUGGUACCGUCAAUGUUAUCAUUCUAACCUUAAUGGAAUUUGGAUGAGUAAACUCCGGGCGGUUUCAACCAAAGGAUCGUCAUCGAAUGAUAAUAUAUUUGGAGUACAUUUUCGACAUACUUUCGAAGUAGAUUUUUACAGUUUGAAAAGCGUUGAAAUGAAAGUGCGAAGGAUGAGACGUACAUGAUUUAAUGAAAGUUUAAGUAUAACAAUGAUGAACGUUUAUCGAUCAAUGGUAAA